ACAGCUGAUCAAAGUGUAAAUAGACUGAUAACUUGUAUUCGAAACGAUCUGUGCGCGAUGCUAAAGAUUUCACAACAGAGUAGAGUUUACAGAGCUAUCCAAGCACAAGUGCGAUUCGCUCAUCGAACUCACUACAAUGUUCUAAAACUGCAACCCGAUUGCUCCACGAGAGAUGUACGAGCCGCUUUCAUUCAACUUUCGAAAGAGCUGCACCCUGAUGCGAAUGUUAGCAACAAACCAAAGCAAAAUGAUAAAUCGUUCAUUGAGCUGCUUGAAGCAUACAAAGUCCUCAUCAAACCCGAAUCUAGAGCGGCGUAUGAUUAUGAAUUAUCGGUGAGCAAGCAUCCUGAUUUUAAUGGGCAGCAGAUUUUCCACAGACCAUGGGCUGAGAAUAAAGAGCGUUAUAGCAACGCAGAUCAACCCUACUACGGAAUUAAAGGCGUUAAGAAGGUGAGCAAUUGGACAAUUGUGCUAUUUUGUGGAAUCUUUAUGCUCAUCGGUAUUGUGCUGCAGGCCGUAGCUAUCAGCAAAUCGUUUACCUUCAAACGAGAUCAGCUGGACGAAUUCUCAAGAAAAAAUGCGAUCACGCAUGCCGGAGUGCGGGAGGCUGCGGAGAAAUAUGGCAAUGAGGCCCAAAUAGAACGCAUGAAAGCAAAGCUGAGUAAAGAAAGCAUAUGAUAAAAGUGCAUGUCACGCAAGUGUAGUUUUGUAAAAAUGUUUUACGAAGAAUUGUAAUUGAAUUGUAAAUAAAAAAAAGUUGACUUUACAAUA